GGAAUGCUUGUCACCUACUCCUUUUAAGUUCUCCAAUCUCUCUAUAUGCUUCUUCUACUUUUUUUUUUUUUUUUAUUGUUGUUAGAUUAGAUACAGUGAGAGAAAGGCAGAGCUUUCAUCUCUGCUUGCUCUGUUUCUUCCUCAAUGGAGAGGCACAAAUGCAAGCUCUGUACUAGAACUUUCGCUAAUGGCAGAGCUUUGGGUGGUCACAUGAAGGCCCACUUAGCCACCCUUCCUCUCCCUCCAAAAACGAUGUCGAUUCAGCAGCAACCCGGUAACCGUACUGAGUCAGCUUCAUCUUCAUACUCUUCCUCUGGUGAAGAACAAGAAAUCAAGAACACAGAAGUUGAAGAAAAGGCUUUGGUUUAUGGAUUAAGAGAAAAUCCAAAGAAAAGUUUCAGGUUUGCAGAUCCUGAGUUCUCUUUCGCCAUUGAUGCUGGUUCUGUUGUUCAAGAUAGAGAAAGUGAGACUGAGUCAAGAAAUCCAACUCGGAGACGAUCUAAAAGAACUCGAAAAUCCGGUUUUGCAGAGAAUCAAAAACUGAAUUUCGAUUUUAAAAAACUAAAGUUGAAGAAUCCAAGUUUAUUGGAGUCAACUUCUCCGUCGCCUUCGCCAUCUCAGUCUCCAUCCCCAUCCCCAGCAGAGCCAGAACCGGUAAGCUCUGUUUCUGAUACUUCCCCUGAGGAGGAUGUUGCUAUGUGUCUUAUGAUGCUUUCAAGAGAUGUUUGGUUGCCAAACAAUGAAGAACUGGAACAAGAACAAGAAGAACAAGAACAAGAAGAGAUCAAAGCAAACAAGAUUCGCGGGAAGUUAAGAUGUGAAAAAUGUAGUAAAGUGUUCCGAUCUUCACAAGCAUUGGUUGCUCAUAAAAGGAUUUGCUCUUUAAAUGCAACAGAGCUAAAAAAGAACCAUGAUGGAAAUGAAAGAAUUUUUGAAUGCCCAUAUUGUUUUAAAGUAUUUGGUUCUGGACAAGCACUUGGUGGGCAUAAAAGAUCGCAUCUAAUGGGUACUUCAACAACAAUUACUGCUCUUGCUGAAAAUUCUGCUAAACUUGAAAAGAGCAACAGUCUUAUAGAUCUUAACUUGCCUGCUCCAGUUGAAGAGGAUGACUUUAGUGUUGUCUCAGAUGCUUAAGUUCAUUGUAAGAUCUAAGUCAUUCAUAUUAAUUUUUUUGUUUUGAUGCUUAAUUGGAUCAAAUGGGUUACUUUUUUUAGUUACAGAUUAUAUGGUUUACUCUUUAUAUCCAUUGCUUUUCUAGUU